AUAAAAUGAAAACAUUUACGAAAACUCGUCACAUUUUCUGAGCUGCUAAACAGAAUCUCCUCUCCAUGGAUUUCUCCAACUCAUUUACCUUCACAGCUUUGCUGCUGCUGCUGCUCCUCUCCCUGAUCUCCGUCAAGUUCUUCACUUCAAAACUGAGUCAAAAUGGGAGAAACAUCAAAUACCAUCCUGUUGCAGGCACAUUCAUUAAUCAGCUCCUCAACUUCAAUAGAUUGCAUCAUUAUAUGACUGAUCUUGCGGCCAAAUAUCGGACCUACCGACUGCUUACACCCUUUCGGAGUGAGAUUUAUACCUCGGAACCUGUCAACGUUGAAUAUAUGCUAAAAACGAAUUUCGAUAACUAUGGAAAGGGUCAUUAUAAUCACAGCUUACUAAGGGAUUUAUUAGGUGAUGGAAUCUUCACAGUGGAUGGGGAUAAAUGGCGUCAACAGAGGAAGGUAUCAAGCUAUGAGUUCUCAACUAGGGUCCUGAGAGAUUUCAGCAGUGUUGUCUUUAGGGAAAAUGUGGCACGACUUGGAAAUAGAGUGUCCGAGGCGGCAAAUUCCAAUGAGACAAUGGAUAUUCAAGAUUUGUUUAUGAAAUCGACUUUAGAUUCGAUAUUCAAAGUUGCAUUUGGAGUUGAACUAGACAGCAUGUGUGGAUCAAAUGUGGAAGGCAAGGAGUUUGCAGCUGCUUUUGAUGAUUCCAGUGCUUUAACCCUUUUUCGUUAUGUCGACAUCUUCUGGAGGAUCAAGAGAUUUCUGAACAUUGGAUCUGAAGCUGCACUGAAGAAAAAUGUGAAAGUGGUUGAUGAUUUUGUAUACAAGCUGAUAAAUAACAAGAUUGAACAAUUGCGUGACGCGAAAGAUGAUUCCGCAAUGAAAAAGGAAGACAUUUUAACUAGGUUUCUCCAAGUGUCUGACACAAAUCCAACGUACUUGCGAGAUAUAAUUCUCAACUUCGUAAUUGCCGGCAAAGACACAACAGCAGCCACUCUGUCGUGGUUUAUAUACAUGCUUUGCAAACAUCCUGAUGUUCAAGAAAAAGUUGCUGCAGAAGUGAAGGAAGCGACUAAAUCAAUGGAGGUUGAAGAUAUUGCCAAAUUUGCCACUAGCCUGAGCGAAGAGUCUUUAGAAGAGAUGCUUUAUCUUCAUGCAGCUAUAAAUGAAACGAAAUCGAUUUGCAAACCACUUCAAUUGCAGGAUGCAAAGGUAUGUUUGUCCGAUGAUACUCUACCGGACGGAUUCAGUGUGAGGAAAGGGGAUAUGAUUGCUUAUCAACCUUAUGCAAUGGGUAGAAUGAAGUUCAUUUGGGGUGAUGACGCAGAAGAAUACAGACCGGAGAGAUGGCUUGACGAGAAUGGCAUGUUCCGAUCAGAAAGCCCUUUCAAGUUUUCAGCUUUCCAGGCAGGACCUCGAAUUUGUCUGGGUAGAGAGUUUGCUUAUAGGCAGAUGAAGAUCUUUUCAGCUGUUCUUCUCCGCUACUUUGUGUUUAAAUUGAGUGAUGAAAAUAGAACUGUCACGUACAGGACAAUGAUAAAUCUUCAUGUAGAUGGGGGCCUUCAUGUUCGUGCGUUUCAUCGAACUUAAAAACUGGACUCGAUUCGUUGAAAUGGACAAUUGCACGCUUUAAAUAUAUCUGUACUAUGUGAAACCCGAACCAUCCCUUUGUGUAAAGAAGAUGAGAUCGGAAAUUGCUAAAUAAAUGAAACUAUGUUGUUUAGGCAAGAA